AUGGCGCCUAUAGAAAGCAAAGUCUACCGCUUACGAGGUAUACCCGAGCACCUGGAUCGCCUUGGUGUGGCACAGCUUGUCAGCACAUUUAUCCCCGGUGGCGACUUGCGAGAUGUCAUUGUAACAUCUUUGGCUCUCAGCUGUGAAAUAUGGACCGUUUCGCGCUUCAAAGUGGCUACUCUGUCAUUUCAGAAGCUUCCCGAUGCUGUUAGUAAAGAUCCAACAGCAGGAGAGUGGCCGCUACGGGUGCUUGCUUUGGCUAAACCACUGCUCCUGGAUGAUACCUUUUUUGGACUAUCUCCUCUAAAUGACGUUCCGGAACAUCAACACAAGUAUGACUGCAUUGUCAUGUCGGGCCUUGCCAGCCAUCCUAUGGGCUCGUGGCAGCCUCAUGGAGACGACAAAUCGUUCAUGUGGAUUCGAGACACUCUGCCUCAUCUAGUACCCAACGUUAAGUUUAUUCUAUAUGGAUACGAUACAACGCUGGCUGGAAGCAAGUCAUUUCAAACAGUGUCCGAUAUCGCAUUAAGCUUCAUUCAUACUCUUCAGCAAGGAGGGUGGUCUUCAACAGGUCAAAGAGAACUGCUAUUCUUCGCUCAUAGCCUCGGAGGCAUCGUUCUAAAGGAGGCUUUCCGCAUGUUAGCUGACAGCGGAGUGAUGGAUGAAUUAAUCCUGACUCGCACAAAGGGAGUCAUCUUCUUUGGAGUUCCGAGCCAGGGUCUAGAUGUCUCCGAUCUCGAUAUCAUGUUGAAAGACCAACCAAACAGAGAUGCACUUGUAAAAGAAAUCUCGAAUGAAUCUCCAUUCAUCGACAUAUUAGAAGAGCAGUUUUCGGGUAUCUCACAUCUGCAAAAGAUUAAACUUCUCUGGGCAUAUGAAACCAAGACAACUCCCACAGUAAUGAUGACUAGCGGGAAAUACCAGAGAUCCGGACCUGGAAAAGUAUUCGUAUCUCCUCAGUCCGCAACUGGCCAACGAUAUACAACUGAACCGUCUUCAACGAUGCAAAUAAACGCAAAUCACUCUGACAUGGUCAAGUUCUCUCAAGGAAAUGAAGCAGUUGAUCGUAUUGCGUACAAGCUUCGAGACAUGCUUGAAAGCGACGUUGCGAACGUUCAAGAGAGACUAAACAACUCAGCUCCGGGAAGAAUAACAGCCUUGCAUGAGCAUAACCAAGGAGCUGAAAAAGUGAUGAAACCUGUUGAUAAUUCCCUCGAUCCAGAGUUUUGGGAUAUCUAUUCUAUUAUUGAGUCGAUUAAUGCUCCAGAACGCGAUCUUCGAUUAGAACAAAUCGACGUAGCAGUUAGACAUUCUUUUCAGUGGGCAUUUGAGAAGCCUUCGGUUGGGCUUACUCGCUGGCUUCAAAACGACGAGAAACUGUUUUGGAUAUCUGGGAAACCCGGAUCUGGAAAGUCCACAUUCAUCAAGUACCUACACACAAAUCCGCUUACCUUGAAAUACCUGCGCAACUGGUACCGCAGUUCCAAUUGUGUUCAAGCGACAUUCUUCUUCCACCAUCGUGGCACCGCAAUCCAAAAGUCGCUCGAAGGCCUUUACCGCGGAAUACUGAGCCAAGUUCUGGAGCAAGUUCCCCAGUCAUUAUUUAUGAUUCAGCCAAAUCUUUCACAAUCUUAUGCAGAACUUGUUCGCACCUACAAACUUGGAACUCUUUUUACCGAUUUGGAAGCUUUGGUCACUUCAUGUGAGAUUACUCAAGAUGAUGAAGUCUCGAGACAGCUACACAAUAUUUUGCUCUGUGAAAUGCCCCGCAAGGCUUUUCGUACGAUGGUUAUAGAGCCAAUGCAAGCCAGUGGUGCUAUUGAUGACGAUACAAAUGCUUUAGAACAAAUAUUUCAGCGCCGAGACCGCUUGCAGCGGACAUUCAGCUAUGCUUUCAACAUAGCCAACGCCAAUAACAAGGGAAAGAAAAACGCCUCUCCUAGCUUGGACCUUUACAUUUCCAAAACUUUGGUAUUCACCCAGGAUUUGACCGAUCAACAAAAGCGUGGCUUUGUGAGGGUUGACCUGUUAAUAUCCAAAAAAUCUGCCUACUCUACAAAUUUUACGCACACCACCAACAAACAAAACGUCUUUGCCACUUUGGACCUCUUCAUCUCGCAAACGCGAGUUUACACCACCGACAUAACCAUACAUGACAUUGGUAAUAUGCUUGCUGAGGUGGAGGUUUUUGCUUCGAAAAGCCUACAAUACUCUACGUUAGUCGGAAAGGAUUACUUUUCCACUUCCAAAUCCGAAGAUCAAUGGCCAAAGGGAAACCAAGUCGUCUCUAUAAUCCAAGACUGGCUGGUAGCUAUUGACCCAAUAGCACAAUUCUCACUGCUUAAAAAACUACUAGAAGAUCGCACAAAACAACAUCAACAGCAUCAAGUUGAUAAGUUAGUGAAAGAAACCCUUGUUCGAUUUCUAGAUCGAAAAACACAACAGCAGCACAUUGAAACAGCACAUUGGAGUCUGAAACAACUCAACGACGCUAUGGAUAGAGUCGCUAGUCAACGCUUGAUGGACUUGGAUCUAUGUCUACUCCUGGAUGCUUUAGACGAGCAUGAUGGGCCGCCUGAAGUUAUUUCUCAAUUCAUCAAGAGAUUCACCACCGCUGAGGGAAGUCAAACAAGAAUGAAGAUGCUUUUCUCGAGUCGACCUUGGCAGCCAUUUAUUGAUGCCUUUGGGCAAAAUUCUGGUUUUCAAAUACAUGACUUUACCGAGAACGACAUCCGCGAGCUUUGCCUGCAAAAGGCAAUAUCUGAUAAACCAGGUUCGGCAGAAGUACUAGAGUUGACUGAGCAAAUCGUUAAACAGGCUAGGGGUGUCUUUCUGUGGGUCAAGCUGGUGCUAAGUGAUCUUUUGGAGAAUGCUGCCAGGUUGGCUGUCUCUGGCUACAGUACAGAGCAACUCCAUGCGGCGCUCAUUGACAUUUUGAACUCCUUGCCCAAUGAUUUAGAGCAAUACUACAAGCUUAUCAUCACCAGAAUACCCUCUUCAUACCGCUGGGAAGCCUAUUGUUUGCUCGAGGUCAUCAGCAAAUCAACGGAAGCAAUAUUUCUUUCCCAAGUCUCUGAUAUUCUAGCAUGUGCCAAAGCAAAUAGCGUGGACGAUCUUUUUGCAUUAAAAGCCAGGUCUGAGGAUGCCGCUCACAGAUAUUCCAACGAAGAACUCCGGGCUCACUCAGGCGGUUUGGUUGAGGCUGUCCAUUCAAACCAGCUCCAGUUGCUUCACCAGACCCUUAUCGAAUUCGUUCAGCUCCCCGAAUUUAAAAACGUCGUUCUCCAAGACAGGUAUCGAAUUACGAAGGAGAAUGGUUAUUCAAUACUUAUGAAGUAUGCGAUUUUUAGAGAAAAUCUGCUACGUAAUGAACUUCACGAUUCACAUUCACCGGUGAUGACAGUGAGCAGUAAAGUCAUCCAUUACGCACGGGAGGCAGAGUCUACUACAGGGAAAAGCGCAUUUGCCUUGUUCAAAAAUGUGAUCUGGGAGCCGCCAGAAAAAGACAAUUUUCUUCCGAAAUUAUCGAAUCAGAAAUACACAAACCUGGAGAUCGCCCUAGCUUACGGGUUAAAAUUACUUUUUCACGAUGUCUUGAAGCAUGAUGCUCAUGCUCAUCCUGACAGAGCUCCGCUAAUAUUUCUUCUUUUGCGAAACAUGAUUCAAUGUGGAAGAAUCGACGGUGCUAGCGCUCUCAAUGCGCUUCAAGACAUGGUGGCUCAGGGAUUCCAAAUCCACAAAACACAUGUAGGCUUCCUGACGAUGAUUAACCAUCUACAUUACAAAACAUCUCGGGUGGCCAUAGAAGGCGUUGUAUCGGACAUGGGGGUUAUACCCGUGAUAGACUUCAGUCAGGAGGUACUAGACACGUUCUUCGAACCAAAGUUCAGCUUUGCCAUCCACAUGGGCGGGUUUGCGAUUAACGAGGUUGCCGAUUUCAGGACGUCUAUGAGAACUAUUGGCAUAAAAGAUACUGCCCAAGCCAUUCACAUCUCUAGCCAUUGUGAGAUUACAAGAUACCUUGUAGAGAACGGCGCAAAUCCUAAUGAAAUGACUACGGAAAGACUAACACCAAUCGACUGCUGGGUGAGAAACAUUUCAGAGCAUGGCUUCUCUCGUGGUUCUCGCAAUAUCGUGUCGGCCAUUACGGUUCUAAUCAAGCAUGGAGGGCGCUUAAAUGUGUGUACCCGACAGGAAUGGGACAAGUUGGUACAAUCUCUAAAUGCGACGCACUUCAGCACUCCAUCAUUCCCAGGAUGGCUUGACAAGGCACCCGAUGCGGAUCGAGGGAUCGAUGUCGACACAAAAGAUGUCAAACGGCGUUCUGGGAACAUUUCGAAAUUAUGGAAGCGCAAAUGA